CCUAUUAUAGCCAAAACAAUGUGCACAAAAUGUUGAUAAACUCUAAAAGUCAUAUCAAAUAAAGUUUGUACUAUAUUUUGACAAAAAAUAGAAAUGAAGUUAUGUUAAUGCAUCUUUUCAGGUUUUCAAAUGUCUCAUAUAUAAAAUUAUUGUUUUUUGUGGUUUAACUUUUAAAACAUGGGUUGGAUUUGUCAGCCUUUGAGGUUGAGUUUAAAAUAAAUUGAAGACAUUUUCCUUUCCAAAUACUUGUCCAUAUUAAAAUUCCUCCAUGUGAUUCUACGAAAAAUAAAAAAAAAUAAGGAAAGAAAGAGGUAUUUUGUAUAUAUAAUCUUGAUAUUUUUUUAGGUUCGCAACUGCUUUUUUUUGCACUCAUAUAUUUUCACACUUCAAAUGUUUUAAAAAGAAUCUGCAUAAUGCUUCCUUGUUCAUUUUUAAACAAUAAUGUACACAACCAAUAUUGAUAUCAAGUUUUAGUACUUGGAGACUUUAACAACUAAAAAAUUAAAAAUAGCGAAGAGUAGAUGAAUCAGGAAGUAAAUGAAUAAAAAUGUAAAAUGCCUUCAUCUGCCGCAAACAAUGAAGUCUUCCCGAAUACCACCACGUUUUUAAAAGACACGAAUCUAACAGAACCACACACUGCUGAAGAUCAUGGAAUAUCCUUUUACAUCUAUUAUUAUGGGAUGAUUUGUAUAAUAAUGUGUAUUAACAUAACCGGGAAUACCCUAGUUAUCAGAGCUGUAAUGAGGACUCCCAACCUCCGCACGCCAUGUAAUCAUUACAUUGUGAGCUUGGCUGUUACAGAUUUACUUAUUGGAGUCAUAUAUCCUUUAUACAAUGUUGCUCAUCUAGAACUCAUGCCGGAAGUCAGUCGUGCUUUAGGUCAGUGGGGCGUUUGUCGUUUCUUGGUGAGUGAAGUGCUUGCCUUGAGUACUAGCUGUUCUUAUCAUUUAGUAGCCAUCACGGUUACUCGGUAUGUCGCCAUUUUGUACCCGUUACGGUAUCAUCUCUACUUCACAACCAAAUCCACAAAGUACACCAUUUUUAGUAUCUGGGUCCUAUCCCAUUGUACGUGCAUUUUUAUGUAUACUCUCUACAACCCAGAGAAAUACAUCGGUGUUUGCCGCUAUGAGCUGAUCUUCUCUAUAACACAUUUAAUUAUACUCCUCAUAAUCCAGUAUUUUCUACCUCUCCUAAUCAUGCUAUCUCUAUAUGCUAGAAUCGUCAGAAUUGCAAGACAUCAGGCAAAAGCUAUAGCUCUUCAAGAACGAGUGCUGAGAAAUAAAAGUCAUGCAUUUAAUUUCAUUCGCCGACAAGAACUGAAAUCUACAGUAAUGGUGUCUGUUUUGUUGGGCUUCUACAUAAUUGUAUGGACGCCGAUGAUAAUAUAUCUUUUUUUCUAUAAGAUAACUUGUGUAGAAAACUGCUUCCAAUCUCCAUUUAUUAGGUAGGUAUUUCCCUUGUUUGAAGAACCUAUUUUUCUGUCAAAAAAUUAUCAGGUUUAUACUUGGUUAGAUAAAAAUGUUAUUUAUUUUUAACCACUAAUUAAAUUCUCUGGUAAAAAAAAGACAAAACUAAAACAAUACAUCAUGAAACAUCACGAUAAAGAAAAGAACAAUCACACAAGUUACUGUUGUUCUUUUAUUAUCUGAUAAACAUGCCUCCAAGAAUUUUUCCUUCAUAUUGAUCUCAGAUUGCCGGUAAAGGACGGCAAAAUUAGCUGUCGACUCGGCAUUGAUCGGGUCUUUGAGAAGUGAGAUUCUUUUUGGACAUUGUACCAGCAUUUACUGCUGCUCUGGACCUUGGUUUAUACAGGUCCGUUCUUCAGGCAGUUUAUUCGAA